AGGGAAGACGUAAUGGUUUGAUUCCCUGUGCACUUGCAAUGAUCGUCGUCCUGACAUUACUCGGCAGAUUCCUCGAACGGGAGGCGCAAUGAAGGCGGGGGCGUCGUCCAUGUGGGCGUCAUGCUGUGGGCUGCUGAACGAGGUGAUGGGCACGGGCACGGUGCGGGCGCAGCAGCCGGGGUUCGGAGCAGGGGCGGGGCCCUUCCGCUUCGCCCCCAGCGCUGGGUACUCCACCUACCCCCCCACCAGCUCAGGGAGCGCCGGACAGCUGUGCAAGGCCUGCGGACUGGCCUUCUCUGUCUUCAGACGCAAGCACAUCUGCUGCGAUUGUAAGAAGAGUUUUUGCGCCCUGUGCUCGGUGCUUCAGGAGAACCUGCGCUGCUGCACGACCUGCCACCUGCUGCGCGGCACGGCCUUCCAGAGGCCUCGGCUCAUGCAGCUCCGAGUGAAAGACCUGCGCCAGUACCUGCUGCUGCGCAACAUCCCCACCGACACAUGCAGGGAGAAGGAGGACCUGGUGGACUUGGUGCUCUGUCAUCAGGGGACGAGGGAAACCCAGAGGCCGGUGCUGGAGGAGGACGAGGAGGAAGAAGAGGAAGAGGAAGAGGACGCACACGAGGAGGAGGAGGAGGAGGAAGAUGAAGGGGGAGAUGACACAGACAGUCUGCACUCGCUCCCCCACUCGCGCGCCGCCUCGCCCCCCUCCGCCACGCGCUCCACCUCUGAACAGUCGGUCCUCUCCGCCUCUCAGGGAGACGUGCUCAGCCCAAGUGACAGCUCAGGGACCACCAGCCAGGAGCAUGAGGACACUCCAACAGCGUCUCUGUUGAACCUGGAGCCCACUGAAAACAUGAUAGAGGUCAGUCCGGCGACACAGAGGAGGAUCAGGGCCUCGCUGUCUGAUCUGGACAAUGAAGAGGCGAUUGAAAACCUCUCCGUCCGCCAGCUGAAAGAGAUUCUCGCCAGGAACUUUGUCAAUUACUCUGGCUGCUGCGAGAAGUGGGAGCUGCUGGAGCGAGUGCACCGACUCUACAGAGAAGAUCAGCAGAACAGAAAGUCCAUGGAAAAUGUGAGCAUAACUGCAGAUGGUGUCAAAGCUCAGCUGGCGGCUGAUGAAAACUUGUGUCGCAUCUGCAUGGACGCCAUCAUCGACUGCGUGCUGCUGGAAUGUGGUCACAUGGUAACCUGCACCAAAUGUGGCAAGAGGAUGAGCGAGUGCCCCAUCUGCAGGCAGUACGUAGUGCGGGCCGUGCACGUCUUCAAGUCUUAAAACUGUGCGCGUGCGCGUCGGAGCGGCCCUCAGGCGUGCACGUGGCCCAAGCCCUGAAUUUAUCACUGAGGAUGAGCUGCCGUGCAUGACGUCUCGCAGGGCUUAAUGCUGCAGCAGGCACGAGCAACUCCCCGGUCUUUGAAGCCAGACUGUUGCCUCUUGCCUACCAAGAUUUGUCCCCCCCUCCUCCUUUACUAACCCAUGUUCCAGUCCCACUCCUCCUCCUGGUGGACCGUCAUCAGCUGCACCGGGACCCUCGCUCUUUCUCUCUUUGGUCUGUCAAACACAUCGCAGAAACUCCCUGUCAUCACUUUCUACUCUCGAUCCUCUGUUUAGAUUUUACUCACAGGAGAGGAGAGGAGCUGGUCCCGCAGGUCCUUGAAGUGGAUCGGGUUGUUCUGUGUAGUGGAGAGAAGCCGUUGGAUGAAAAAUAUAAGAUCCCAGGGUUAGAGUCAAUAUGGUUUACACAGUCAUGCCACAUGACAGCGUGUCAUCUCCCUCAGUGUUCUUUAGGAUGUGCAAUAUCAGAAAAAAAAACAGAGACUUACAUGUGUUUUUAGAAAAUGUCUAUUCGGUGAUCCGAGCACCACAUGCACCGAGUCAUCUCGUCACACACGCAGGAGGGUGUAAGGUGCCAAACGUCAUGCCUUCGAUCGGUCUUUGGUUCAGAUUUCACAGUAUAUGCAUCUCAUAACCAGCAAGCUUGGUGUGAUAGUUUACUCCUUUUUUCAGUUCUCUCAAAUGAGCUCGUAGGAAAUAAAGCGUGUACAAGUAAACAUUUGAACACUCGCUGUGUUUCUCAUGUAGAAUUAAGUGAUUUGUGCUGAAGACACGGAGAGUAAAAUCGUCGCGUUGUCGCGCCACGUGCUGCACUACAUUCCUGUCAGGGAGCGUGAAGGUUCAUUCGUCACCUUUGAGACAGCGGUUUGACUAAAGAAGGAAAAAAAAUCAGAACUCAAGGCCCACUCACAAGAUUUUUACCAGCUUUCAGCCCUAUUUCACAGGCUGCAUCAGCAGGUGCUCAGUUGUCAUGGAGAUGGGCCAUCACCUUAGCUACAUCAUGCGACCUAAAGCUGAUGUGUGAGUGACCUCGUCCUUCUCUUGAGGAAGACCACAGGCUGAAAGCACCGGAAGAAGGUAAUAAGAGGACCUUGAGUUCAGUUUUUUUUCUUGCACUCUUUUAUCUACAUUUUAAAGACUCGUUCCUCUUUAGUUUAAAACGACUUCCACCAAGCAAUACCGUUUAGUUUACCAAGUCUACCAAGUGUCUUUCUUUGAUUGUGUUGUCCGUUAAUGUGUCUUAGGUAGGUAACAGGUGCUACUUCCUCUUUUCUGAGUGUAACAUCGACACACCUUUUCUGUCAUCCUGUCAAGGCGUCCUUCCAAAUAUCCACCACACAGCGAGAGGGAGAGGAGGCCUGGUUUACUUUAACCUGUUAUGCAAAUGAAACACUUUGUUUUCUUGUCAUGAGAUCCAGUUAACUCAGAUGUCACUAAAAUAUCUGUGUGUACAGUAUGCCUGUGGUAUGUUUAAAAAAAAAGAAAAAGAAAAAAGAAGCUGAAUUGCUGUUAAUUGAAUCGCAUAGAUAGCUUAUAUUGUUGUUUACUGAUAAGUCGUUAAAUGUAUAUUUUUCCAUUUACUUGGGAGACGACAUGAUUUAAAAUUCUACUUAUUGCAGAGGUUUAAAAAUAAAAUAAACCGUUUUUUCAGAAUGUAUUUCUGCUGGUUUUGCUCAGACGAAUCGCUCAGUCCUCUGAUCGUGUCACUCUCUCACCAUUAAAGUUGCGUCAGUCAUGGUCUCGCUCUCCAGCACUUUUUGUCGUCGCCUGCUUCAG